AUGAAUAGUUCCAGCAUCCUCACCAAGUUGGGAAAUAAGUUGCAGGAACUAGCUUCUAUCAGCAGGAAGAGCAACUCACUGCCAAGAACAACAUGGAAUGAUGAAAGAACAUCUGUGCUUGCUGAUAAGGGUCAUUUUGUUGUCUACACAAUUGAUCAAAAUCGUUUCUUAAUUCCAUUAGUAUAUCUUAACAGUGGGAUUCUUAGAGCGCUAUUUGAAUUAUCUAAAGAUGAGUUUGGGCUGCCAAGUGAUGGACCAAUCACAUUACCAUGCGAAGCAUUUUUCAUGGAGUACAUACCCAUGUUAAUCCGACGUGGAGCAGAUAAAAAUCUGGAGAAACCCUUGCUCAUGUCAAUUUCCACAUGCUGUGCCUUAUCAUAUUCUCUCCCGAAUGACGAAGAACCAACAACCCCGCAACUCCAUGUCAGUGCUGAUCAAUGUAUUAACAAAAUGAUCAAUGCAAAGAGGUUUAUCAAACUUGUGAGGAAAUGGAAGAAGCUGGCUGCUCUUAGCCGAAAAAGAAUCACACUGCCAACAACUGGGAAGGUUUGUUGA